AUGGGCAGCAUCUCUCCCUACAACCUCGACCCCGCGCAGUAUACCUUUCCCUCGCCUCUCAAGGGCUGGGAGAACCACGUGCCUCUGUCCACCUCCAAGACCCAAGAUGGCAAGAGCUUCGACAGUCCCGAGACGAGCGUCCUCAGCGACGCAUACGAGCACUUCGUCGCGCCGGUCUCCAACGCCGGCCGCCACGACGCCCAGCUCCCCGGGUUCGACGUCCACGUUUACUUCAAUCCUCAUGACGAGAUCCAAGUCCGCUACGCGCAGGACCUAUGGACACGCAUUCGCCUUGAGUUCCCCGAACUACGAAUCUACCCGCUGCACACCACGCCGCAGGGCCCGCACGCGCCGGGGAUGUUCGAGCUGGCGCUCUUCACGCCGGCGCAGUUCGGCGCGUUCGUCAGCUGGCUGGUGGUGCACCGCGGGCCGCUGAGUGCGCUUGUUCAUCCGAACACGGACGACGAGCUGCGCGACCACCUGCAUAUGACGAUGUGGUUGGGCCCCGAGGUGCCGUUGGAUAUGGGCCGGUUUCGGCUGAGGCCGGAGUGUGAGACGGUGGAUCGGCGCGCGGGAACGGUGACGAGGAUCGUGGAUACGGGGGACAAGGGCAGAACGGUGAAGGAGGUUCGGAUGAUUGAAUAG